AUGAAUUCUCUCAAACCCGACUCGGGCCUGGCUCGCGCCGCCCGCUACGCUGUUCCCUUCGUGCUGCUGCUGAUCCCCAUUUGGAUGACGAAAGUCAACACCGUCAUUCCAGAACCCUAUUUGGACGAAGUGUUCCAUGUCCCGCAAGCUCAGGCAUAUUGGCACCAUAAAUGGACGCAUUGGGAUCCUAAGAUCACGACGCCUCCGGGCCUGUAUCUGUGGUCCUAUGUCAUUUGUGCCGGUAUUCGGGCCCUCCGCGGCACUCCGACCGAACUCGACCCGGAAGCUCUGCGCGCAACCAACAUGGCGGCCGGAACUGUGUUCUUGCCCUUAAGAUUGCAGACAUUGCUGGAUACUUUGCGCAAGCAGCGUAACACUCGUCCCGCGGGGGCCUGGCUGAGCCAUACCGUCUUGAACAUCUGUCUCUUCCCGCCGAUCUUCUUUUUCUCCGGCCUCUACUACACCGAUAUUCUCUCGCUGCUGGUGGUGAUCGAAGCUUACAAUUGGGACCUGAAGCGGACUUCGACGAUUACGACUGUUCCUUAUCGACAUCUCGUGUUCAUUGUAUUCGCGCUGCUGUCGUUGGCCUUCAGACAGACCAACAUCUUCUGGGUCACACUUUUCUUGGGCGGGCUGCAGGCGGUGCGAACAGUGAAGAAAUAUUCCAACAAUACUGGCCCAGAGGCGAAAAACGGCUUACAUGACCCUUUGGUGUCGGAGGCUGCGAUUGGAGACUACUUCCAAACGGCCUUUUCCCUGGGUAUCGCCGUUCUGCGCAACCUGGGUCGCAUUAUCGUGGCGGCCAUUCCCUAUGCCAUAGUGCUCGCUGCCUUUGGUGGGUUCGUGGUGUGGAAUGAUGGCGUUGCUUUGGGCCAUAAAGAAUUCCACUCUGUAGGAGUACACCUGGCGCAAAUGCUGUACAUUUGGCCGUAUAUCGCGUUCUUUUCGUGGCCAAUUCUCGUUACGCCAAUUCUCAACUUGCUGCUGCCGCAGUCGUGGUUGCCCAAGGUCUUGAACUAUGGAUUUCCCGAGAAGCAGAGGAAGCUGCCCCGAUUCUGGACAGCUUUGGUACUUAUCCCGGCCAUGCUUGCCGUUGUGCAUUUCAACACCAUCGUUCAUCCGUUCACCCUUGCCGACAAUCGCCAUUAUAUGUUCUAUGUAUUUCGCGUGCUCCUCGGAAGCCAUCCUGCCGCUAGAUAUGCCGCCACCGUCGCCUACUUUCUUUGUGGCUGGGCUGUCAUUUCCGCGUUUGGGUUCGUGAUAUAUCCAGCGCCUCCCCAGUUCAUUCGAGUGCCCGCUUCAGCAUCUCCACAGUCGAAGAAGCAGGGGGCUAAGGAAUCCGGCUCGAAGCCGAGAGCGGAGCGCAAACAGAAGCCUUCUAAAAAGACCGCUGCGCCUGCACCCGCUCGGGCACCACCCAUCAGUCCCGAGGCCUAUGCUCAGCUGCAACAACAUAUCAUCCAGCGUCAAAGACAAGAAAACCAGGGACCGCGAGUGAGUUUUGUACUCGUCUGGCUUGCCGCGACCACUGUUUCUCUGAUUGUGGCUCCUCUCGUCGAGCCGCGGUACGCGAUUAUUCCAUGGGUUAUGUGGAGGCUCCAUUUGCCGCCGCAGCCUACGCCGCAAGCGUACCGGCAACAGCGCCCUCAGAAUGAGAAGGAGGCGCUGCACAAAGAGAUCGCAACUAAUUUCCCUCUCUUCUUGGAGACGCUGUGGUUCCUGGUCAUCAAUGCGGUGACGGGGUAUGUGUUCCUGUACAAAGGGUUCGAAUGGCCCCAGGAACCUGGCAACAUCCAACGGUUCAUGUGGUAA